CAAGGUCACUCCACUCUGAGUUUAUAGCAGGCAAAGCUCAAACAACACAAUUUUUUCCGUAGUUCGCCAUGAUUCGAAGACAGGCUCGCGAGCGCCGCCAAUACAUAUAUGCUAAGUCGCAAGAAUCGCAAGAACGACAAACAUACGAGCGGAAGCGACAGUUGAAGGAUGCACUUGCUGCCGGAAAAUCUCUGCCUACAGAGCUGAGAAAGGAUGCAUCUGCCCUUGGAAAGGACCUUGCGUUUGAUGAGGCACAGGCAGACCCCACAACGCAUAUUGAUAACGAAUACUCUCGGGCGGGGAUCUUGGAUCCUAAGAUCGUUGUUACAACCUCGCGAGACCCAAGCUCCAAACUACUACAGUUUGCCAAGGAAAUACGUCUGGUGUUUCCAAACUCACAUCGGAUAAACCGAGGAAACUAUGUCGUGAAGGAGUUAGCAGAAGCUUGCAGGGCUAAUGAUAUCACCGACCUUGUCAUCCUACAUGAACACAGAGGGAAACCUGAUGCUAUGAUUGUUUCACACUUCCCUCACGGUCCCACAAUAUUCUUCACUCUCCACAACGUUACCCUUCGACACGACAUCGAUUCCUACAAAUCCUCCACCGUCUCCGAACAAUACCCUCACCUUAUAUUUGAAAACUUUAGCUCACAACUGGGUGGGCGAGUACAGGAUAUCUUAAAAUAUCUCUUCCCCGUACCAAAAGAGGAGAGCAAAAGAGUCAUGACGUUCUCAAAUGAGGACGACUUCAUCUCAUUCCGACAUCAUGUGUUUAUCAAGACAGGUCCGAAACAAGUGCAAUUGGCUGAGGUUGGACCACGGUUCGAGAUGAAGCCCUACGAGAUUCGACAAGGAACAAUUGAACAAGCCGAGGCCGAACGUGAAUGGGUUCUUUCGCAUUAUUCAAGAACAGCAAAGAAGCGAAGCAUGCUCACCGAUUCCAACGCACGAUCUUCGAAUUCGGAAGAUACAGGAGAAUCAGCCAAGAAGCGAACUCGUCGGUAGGUCCUGCUACCCGUCAACUUCCGUUAUUGGGGGCACCAGAUUCUGUUGUGAGAGGCUUCUCGAGCUGGCUUGCAGCCUCAAUUUCUUUCCUAGGGCGACUCGCCCUUUCGUUCCGUUUGUACAUCUUCCUUGGGGUUUUGCUAUACAGUUCCGAUACAUCUGUACAUUAUAAUUCCUAUUCCACGUUCAGACUACGAUCCAACUCUGCAAAGCCCUCGAAGAACGAAGAGAACAAGUCGAUGGC